AUGAGUCAUCUGAAAGAAGGUUCUGGGGAAACUGGAGUCUCCACUUCCGGUGCUCGAUUAAUGAAGGUCAAGCAGGAAGUUGGUGAAAAGAUGAAGAAAGACGACAAGAAAAAGAAGGCUAAGGAGAUGAUCGGCGCGAGAGUUGCCAAACGAGCGAAGAAGAAAGAUGGUUCCAGUGAGAGCGUUGCCCCCGGACUUCACUCACCCUCCCUAUUGACGAGUCAAGAGGUUGUUAACCUCAUGGUCCAAGCCCACGGCAAGAAGGAUUUAGCCAGGGCUUGCACUCCCGACGAAACCCCCAAGACUGCUCCGGAAGGCUGGUUUUGUAUUCAUGAGAAGUACAUUUCUAAAUGUCAUCUGAGGUUCCCGCUCCCGAGCCUUCUACUAGAUCUACUCGAUUACUAUCAACUAGCUCUCUCUCAACUUUGUCCUUCGGUUAUCCGAGUGAUAAACGGCUUCAUCACUAGAUCAAAAGAGGAGGGAGUCGCCGUUGGACUUACCGAUCUGAUGAGCCUUUUUCUGAUCAAACAGAGCUCAUCUAAAGAUGGUGGCAGCGGAACCUACUACCUUCCCUGUCGCCCCAAGCUGGGUAUUUUCAAGUUUUCUACGAGUGAUGAUGACUGGCGGAAGAAGUAUUUCUAUGUCAAAGUUGAUUCUUCGACGGUUCCUGAGGGGCGUACCCUCAGGGUUUCUUGGACUGAUGCAUCUGAUAUCGCGGAUCCUCGUAAGCUCUCCGGUAAACGCACCAGAGCUCUUUUUCGAAAGCUGCAGCAAAGCCCUUGCACCUGGGCUUCCUUUACUACUUCACGAAUAGGAUCAGCUAGAUUCCCGGAACGAUACAACGCUUCCUUUCUGAAUCCUGUUUCUGUCGCUGAUCUAGAAGUUUCUGAAGGUGACUCGGUGGUAUCAAUCACGACGGGAGCUAGCACCUCUGAAACCGAAAAGACUCAACCAAGCAGAAUGCCUCUUAAGCCGUCGUUCCGUUCCAGGGGUAGACCAUCCAAAGCAGCCAAUGCUUCUCGUGGGAGCGACAAGAGUCAGGGAGGCUCUUUCCUUAAUUCUGUGAAGGAAGUUUUCGAUGAGGGCACUUCCAAUCCUGUCAAGGACGUCACUCCUACUGAGCCGCAGGUUCAAGACGUUUCUCCUCAUUAUGAUGUUCCGACGGUGGAAGCUGAGGUCCAAGUUGCCAAAGAUCCUCCUGAGGUUGAGCCCCCGAGGAAUAAGAGGUCCAGAAUCGAUCAGGUUGACAGACCUUCUAGGUCUUCCUCCUCAUCUUCCAGAGGAGAUACCGUUGGCUGGAGUUUCACUCACUCUAAGCCUGGGUCGAUCCUGGACGACUCCUGGGGUUUAGCAACGUUGAUGAGGCAUAUGAAGAGACCGGGAUGCUCCCUUCCCUCGAUUAACAACUUGACUAACAGAGAUGAGUACGCUGAGAUAGCUCAUUUCAUGGGUCAGCUGGCUGGAGCUGUUAACAGGGCUCAAUUGAAAUUUGAGGAUGCUAUACACAAUGCCCCCAAUGCUGGAGAAUUAGCUAAGGUUACUGAGCUAGUCAAAGCUACCAAGAUGGAGCUUGAUCAGGCUAGGGUUCAGGUUUCUGAACUUCAAGCCGAGGUUGAGAGACUUGGCUCCAAGGCUGACAUUCAGCAAGGCAAGAUCGAGAGUCAAGCGAUCGAUAUCCAGGUGAAGGGUAGGAAGAUCGCUGAGCUGGAUUCUGCUCGGAAGAUAGCUGAGUAUCAGGCCAGGGAGCUGAUUUCUUCAUCUCAAGACAAUCAGAGGAACAAGGAGGCUGAGGUCAAGCUAGCCGUCAGGAGAGGAAAAAGGGAGGUAGCUGACGCUUACAACAAGGUCUUAGUUUCCGUCAAGGAGAAGUUCUCCAAGAAGGAGGAUGAAGUCGAUCUUCAGAUUUACGCUCAAGAGCUUCAGGAUAAUACCAAUCUCUUGAAAGAUAUGCUGAACAAUGAGAUCAAGAGUGCUGAAGAUGAGUACAAUCGUUUGAUGGCUCUGAUGCCGGAGGCGGCUGCUGCGUACGAAAAGGCGCAAGUCUCAGACUUCUCGAUCACCCCAGUCAAAGCCACCCCGGGAAAUGACGACAUGGAAAUAGAGGAAGAAGUUCCAGACAAGGAGAAUGAACCAGUCGAGGUUGAUCAGGAUGUUGAGAAGAGUUCCGGUGAUAAGGAAGGUUAA